GUGGCUUCAGCGGUGUGCGCGCGUGUGAGUGUAUGUGCUUAAUGAAGCGUCACUCUCUCUCUCUCCGUCUUUCUUCCUCCCAGUGAACAAGCAUCACUUGUGAAGGAAAAAAAAACGGCGUUGAGACCGAGAACUUUCUUGUCCAGCGGCUCGACUCGAAGUCUCUGUCGCAGGUCCACGAUUCUUCCGUUUUCAUCUUCACUUUCUCUUUCUUGUUUUGAUACCCGGCGCGAGGAUCCACCCGGGGCGAGCCGGCUAACACUGGGCGUAGCUGGGGAGGAUUUUGCUAGCUCAUCGCUGCACUCACUGAAUAAGACCUGUGUCCAGAUCUUUGUCAAUUCAAUUAGAUCUAAGUGAACUGGACAGACCACUUCUCUAGAAGGGGAGAUGAAACCAGAUGGGGUUAUCACUGGAGCACUGGAGCCAAUGGAAACUUUAGAAUCCAAUCCAGUAAAUGAGUUAUCACCAGGUACAGAGCAGGACCCCAGCCAGACACCCAGUGCAAUAGAACAGGAACUUGCACAGCUGACUGACGAUGUGGUGCCACCCCAGCAAGAAAAAGCCAAGGAAUCGCCAGCUGCCAAGACUAGUAACAAAAUCUCUGGAGACUCCAAAGCCAAGACCAUGAACAAGACAAUGCAGAAAACAAAACCCAGUACAACCAACAUGACAAAGACCACACCAGGCUCACGACCCAAUAUGACCCAGAGCCGCUUAUCAAAUGGCUUGUCUAAGCCCCAGAGCAACGGUGUGACUAAGAAGACCACACCUGCCCUGGUUAAAAAGAGCACUCCAACUUCAACAGCCCCCAAGAAACUAACAGUUGGGGUCCCAGCCUCUAGGAACACGCCAAAAGUUAAUGAAAGAAAAGCUGCAUCCCCUGCUACUAAUGGUGCGAAGCCCGCAGUGGGAACCACGGCAACUAAGAAGGCAACAACAACAACAGUUAAUGGUGUUAAAACCAGCACGGCAACUGCUAUUAAAAAGCCCCCAGCUUCUAAACCUGCCUCUGCAACUUCCACAAAGCCCACCACUGCAUCGAAGACAGAUAAGCUCCCUGUUUCCAAGACCAGACCCACAAGUGGCACAACAGCAUCCCGUCCUACCACAGGCUCAACUCGACCACCUUCCACCAUCACAACCAAGAGCCCUGCAGCUACACCCAAACCUGCUACCCCUAAAAUCUCCACUAUCAACAACGCUGUAUCCAAAUCAGCCUCAUCAACUCUCUCUGGUGUCAAAACCUCAGCAUCACAAACAUCUAGAAACAUAAUCCCUGCAAAAAAAGAUGUUACCAAAUCUGCCACCCCAUCAACCAAAAAGCCUGCAGACUCUCCACUUAGCCGACCCUCAACAACAAUGAAAUCAGUAAAAUCUGAGACACCUAAACCAGCUUCAAAAUCAGACAAUAUAGCCAAAAAAACAUCUGUAAGUAAAGUUGCAGAGACAAAGACACCAAACCGUUCCAAAACACAAGAGAAUAAGUCCACACCUUCCAAGGAUGCCUCUAAGACCCCUGCCUCAAAAACAGUGGCAACCAAGAAUACCAGCGCCAAGAAAACUGUGGGCAGCAGCACCCCGACACCUGUGAAACGUGGACCCAAAGCAGAGGGAGCUGCUGAAACUGGAAAGGAAAUUGCUGCUGCUGUAGCUACUGCUGCAGCAAUUGCUAGUGCAGCAGCUACCAUUGUAGGGCCGGAAGAGCCACAACCACCAGCAGAAGUGGCCCUGGUGGAAUAUCUUGGAGAUACUGCAGAACAAAUUCCUGUACAAGGAAUAAUUCCAGAGCCGACUCCAGAACCAUCACCAGAACAAGUACAUGAACUAACACCAGAAAUUCAACAAGAAACAUCACCAGAACCAAGCCAAGAACCGACACCAGAACCUGUACAAGAAACUACACCAGAACCCAUGAGAAAACCAACGCCAGAGUCCAUACCACAACCAACACCAGAAUACAUUAGAGAACCUACACCAGAAUUUAUACGAGAACCUACACCAGAGCCUCUCAGAGAACCAACACCACAGCCCAUACCACAACCAACACCAGAAUACAUUAGAGAACCUACACCAGAAUUUAUACGAGACCCUACACCAGAGCCUGUCAGAGAACCAACACCAGAGCCCAUACCACAACCAACACCAGAAUACAUUAGAGAACCUACACCAGAAUUUAUACGAGACUCUACACCAGAACCUGUCAGAGAACCAACACCAGAGCCUAUACCACAACCAACGGCAGAAUCCAUUCUUGAACCUACACCAGAGCCUGUCAGAGAACCAACACCAGAACCCCAAAAAGAACAACCACUAGAACUUUUCCAAGAAUCAUCACCAGGACCUAUGAGAGAACUUACACCAGACGCAGUUCAAGAACACAGAACACCAGAAUACUUACACCAGAUCUCACCACAGCCCCGAGAGCUCACACCAGAACCAAUACAAGUUUCAAGUCCAGAACCCCUACAAGAGCCCGCAGCACAACCUUUGGGAGAACCAACACCAGAAGCACUACGAGAUCUCACACCAGAACCAAACCAUCAAACCCUACUUGAAUCAAACCCUGAGCCACUGCAAGAAUUGACACCAGAGCCCAUGAAUGAACAAACUCUGGAUCAUGCACGCAAAAUAUCUCCAGAGGUCCUUGAUGAAACAUUUUCUCAGUUUACAGAGGAGCCACGCCUAGAAGCUGAAUUAAGUCAUGAACCAGCCUACAACUUUCAACACCCGCCACAAAAUGACCUUUUCAAAUUUGAACAGUCUGUAAGUGAAUCAGUUCCCUCCCUUGGAACUACCAUCAUGUCUCCUCCCUGUUCGCCACCAGGACCUGUUUCUCCUGUCACAGAAUCUCAGAAUCCCUCUGCUCAGCUGAACAUGGCUAUCCAACCAGAUCCCUGGAACAUGAGCCAGACGGAACCAGGUGAUAUUGAUUUCCAGGGAUCUCACAGUAUGAUGAAUUUCCCGACAGAGGAGUAUAAUGAACAGGAUGAGGAAUGGGAGACAACUAGAAAUGAGGAUGAAACAGAGGAAGAUGAAAAAGAGAAUCUGAUAACAUCCACUCCUCCUUCCACAGAGACCUUCAGUAUGAUGGCAGAGUCGCAAUUGUUGGGUGCUUCACCCAUUGAGGAUUUUACUUCCAGGGAUAUGCUGUCGCCUCAUGAAAAGGAAGUAGCAGUGGAAAAGGCAGAUGAAGAAAUAAAUGAAGAUGAUGAUGAGGAUGAAGAAGAUGAGGAACAGAGGAGAUUGGGCCAUCAGCUUUCCUCUAUGAUCACUGAUAUGAGCACAUCUCAGCCGUCUGAGGAGUUCCAAAUUAGACCUUCAGCUUUUGGUGGUUCUACCGGCUGGCCCUGUGAUGACCUGUUGUCAGGAAUGGACUCUGAGGAUGUUAGCAGCUGCACCAGCAGCCGACAGCAGGGCAUGUCUGACCUUAGUAGCACUCAGCACACCGCAAUACUGGAAGGUACUCAGAGCUCAGAUGCCCUUAUUGACUCAAGUCUCCGUGGCUCUGAAGGUGAUGGUAACUUCAUGGGCUCUCCGAAUGUGGAAACCCUGGCCAAUGAGGAAGAUGAUGAAGAGGAUGAACGUGUGGAUGAAAUGGAUUUAAGUUCAGAGAGAGCAGAGGAGCAUCUUAAGGUGUUCCAGCAGCAGGGACGAGAUGAAGACGAAGAGGAUGAAGAUGUAGAAAUGCACAGUGAGGGAGUGACAGAAAGCUGUGAUAAUGCAGAAGAAGAUGACUUCAAUGAGGAGGGACAUUUAGAGAACCUCAAUCGUGCAGAUCCACACCCUUUUGUCCCUCCCACCACUUCCUGGGGUCAGACCAACCCCUUUUCUGAUACCUGGGCUCAGCCUCAGCCAGCCUCGCUGCUCUCAGUCUCCUCCCCGAGCCCUGUCUCAGAUCAUGGCGCAGGAGAGUCUGAAAGUCCCACGCAGUCCCCUGCCCAGACUGGUUUGGAUUGCAAUUCCCCUUUCUUGGCGCCUCUGUCAGGGCAAGACUCCGAGCAGCAGCAGUCAUUCUAUGAGAUGGACACCGCCAUCCCUGAAGAUACUCAGAAUAUGCUUGCUCCCACAGCUGUAGGCAUGUCCCAGUCGGGUACUCUGAGUGGUACAGCACUGGCCAUCCACAGCGGCAGCGAGACAAGCACGCCAGAAGAACUUUGCGACUACGACAGCAGCUCAGGGGUUGAAUCCCGCUCUGAAAAACAGCAGACUCCGGUUCCUGUGUCAGUCCAGCCUGACAUGGAUCAGGAUCUGGGUAUUCAUUUGGAGAAAGGCGAUGGAGAAGAGGAAGAGGCUACGACACUGCCAGCUGAUGAGGUCCUGGGAACAGGACCCCCAACUGCUCCAGCAUCAGCCCCGUCUUCUCCUACCACCUCUGUAGAUGAGGCCAGUGACACCGAGGGUGAGAUGCAGAUAAAUGAACCUGAUGUACCAGUGAUGAUGGAUGAAAGAGCUGCAUUUGACAGCCCUACUCCGACAUGCAAUUUGCCUGCUCUUGAUGAGGAUGAGGAGGCACGAGAAACACCAGCUGGAGAGGGUGAAGAGGAUGGAGGUGGGACCACUCCUCAGUCAGCCAAUUCUGUGGCAUCCUAUGGCUUUGACUGCACCACAUCCAACUCUAAUGCCCACUCCAUGGCUGAAAGCUGUGGAAAGAGCCCGGGGAUCUUCUCCUUGGAAAAUGAGGAGCAGUUAUCCGAGGAGGCCAAGGACCCGUCACUCAUCAAGGAGCUUACCCUGCCAUCUGAUGCUGCUGCUGCUGCCCAGGCCGAGGACCUGCUGGGCCGACCUGUGGACCUGAUGCCGUUGAGUUUUCCAGAAGAUAAACAGCCCAGUCUAGAUGACCACCACUACAUGCUUGGGGGUGAGAUUACGGCACACCACCUCGAGGAGGUGGAUCCAUUUGAGGCUAGUCAUCACCUUGGGCCUGUGGAAUCUGCAAAUACCGAUGAGGGCCAGCCGUCCUACUACUCUACCAUAUGUGAUAAGACUGAUUAUCUGGAAGGUAAUGUAUAAGCCCCUCACAAAUACCCCUGGAAUGCACCUUUUCCCUGCAACCCUCCACCUUUACCUAGUGUUUGUCUUCUCUCCAGUUGGGUUAGUUUGCUUAGAAGAACAAAAAAGGAGAGCAAGAUUUUAGGAAAUUAUUUUAAAACAAAUACCAAGGGGAUGAAAAUGUUUUUUAAACGAAGGCUCCCUCUUCAUACUGUUGUGGCCAUGGUUUUGAGUCUUCAGCUUAAACUUAUCCAAUGUAUAAUAACGGAGGCCAUUUUCUAGUUGAAUGUUCUUUACAAGUCACAGUGCGUAUUCGGUAAAGGGUAUUGACUGAUUGGUCCAAUGUGACUGAACUUUUAAACUAAAAAAAACCAACAAAAAAACAGAUGGAACAAAGUGAACUGUAUUUAUCCUACUGUUUUUACCAAUCAAAUGUCAAUGUUUUUUGUUUUUGUAUUUGGUUAUAUUUUGUUUCUUUCUGUUCAUCCCAAUCCUCCCUAUUUUGUGUAUAAACACACAAUGUUCAGCAGCACCAUAGUGAUAGUUACAUGCUCUUUUGAAAGGUUUUUGUUGCGAGGUUUUACUCUGUUCAUAGAGGCUAGGUAUUAACAAUUCUACUAUGCCCUUAAAGAUGUGUCAAGGUAGGUAUGGGAGUCUUAGAUUGCAGUUGGUUAAGGUGAAGUUUUUAAUGUGUCAGGUUGUUGUUUGCAUAGAUUGCUAAGGUGUAUAACAUGCAGCUGCAUACAGUAUUUCUGGCUUUCAGUUUUAAGUGUCUAAACUACAAACUGCAGUUGGCGCAUCCGUUGUGUCGCUUAAGAGACUAACUAGUCUAUUAUUUGUGAUUAGACCAUGAAUUGCUCUUCAUCUCUAUCGCAGCUUUACACCCAUAGUAGGCGUUUGGUUAACUCUUUCAAUACAAUAUAUUGCAUGUUUAACUAGCAAAAAGACUGUGUACUACCUGAUAACAUUUAAGGAAUUCUGCUCUAGCUAUAUUCAUAAAUUAAUGGUUCACGCUAGGUUGUCUUUCAAAAUUCCAUUAAAACAUCAUUGCAAGGCA